AUGUCGCGCGCAGAAUUGAACGAGGGCUUGAUGAGCCUGGACGCUGAGUCAUUGCGCUCGUUCUCGGAGAGCCUGCCUGACGAGUAUCACGAUUGGGUAUCGGAAUCCGGGCGAACAUCACGUCGCUCAUUGAGGUGUAGAAAUGACCAAAUGCUCGACGACUUUCCUCACCCGCCCAGCCGAGCCAAGAACCCUGACUCGAUUGUGGAAGACGAGAUCUAUCCGACGCCGAAGCCGUCGGUUAAGAAUAUGCGGCGGGAUGUCACCGCCAGUGAGUUAGUCACCACCGACAACGACUAUCCGCUCCUGCAGGAGGUCAAUCCCUACGACGGCGCAGAGGAAUUCAAACCCGUCAACGAGGAAGGCGCGUCCUACGAUCUGAUCGCGCCAUGGGACGGCGUCGACGCCCCUCUGCACAAGCUCGAGCGUCUCACCGAUGUGAUGUUUGGAACAGAGCAUAUGCUGUUGAUUCUGAAUAACCCUCGCUACCUGUUGCGCUUUCGCGAGUUCUUGAUUGAAGAACGUCCGCGUUCCAUCUCAACCCUCACGUACUACCUUAAUGCAGUCAAGGCACUGAAGGCCAUUGAAUAUGCCAAUGCGCUUGUGCGCCUGUCGACCGAUGUGCCACCUCCAGCGGUCCAAAUAGUCCAGGAGAACAAGGGCUCCGUCGGGAUCACCGCGAAUAAAGUCCUAGAACAGCGUGUAGAGGAUGGGCUCAAAGCGUUGACGGCGGAGGAGUUGCCGGCGUUCAUCACGUCGCGAUGCAUCACCAUUACCAGCAAGAUUGUCGGGGAGCGAGUGCGUGGUAAACUGCCUCUGAAAUUUCGCGAGACUUCGAAUGCGCUCGCCGAAGUCUUCUGUCUGACGGAUCCCUCGCGGCCAGAUAAUCCGAUCAUCUUUGCAUCGGAAGAAUUCCACCGCACCACACAGUACGGCAUGGAUUAUGUCCUCGGACGGAAUUGUCGAUUCCUCCAGGGUCCCAAAACCAACCCAAAUAGCGUGCGCAGAAUAAGAGAGGCACUCAAAGACUGCCGACACCACUCCGAACUCUUUCUCAACUAUCGACGCGACGGCUCCCCAUUCAUGAACCUCCUCCAAUGCGCCCCUCUCUGUGACAGCCAAGGCCGUGUAAAAUACUUUAUCGGCGCGCAGAUUGAUGUCUCCGGACUCGCCCUCGACGGCGCACAGAUGGAAUCACUGAUCGAACUGCAAUCCCGCUACUGCGAUCCAGAAGAAGAGAGCGUUGCGGAAAUGCCUGCUAGGGCCCACAAAGACGAGCUCCAGGCGAUGGCGGAACUCUUCAGUCCGCGUGAACUCAGCGCCGUGCAGGAACACGGAGGGGAUCUUUUCCAGCCCUUGAACACCAGAGCCGCCUCCCGGAGCCAGCAACACUGGUUGCAGAGGGGUAAUUCCAUUGACAGUGAAGCGGAGGCGAUCCGUCUUCAGGACCUCAAGUCGCCUUUGCUGCGGGGGUCAUUGGCUGGUGUCUAUGAAAAUUACCUCCUCGUCCGACCCUACCCCUCCCUCAAGGUCCUCUUUACAUCGCCUUCCCUCCAAAUCCCUGGCAUGCUCCAAUCCUCCUUCCUCGCCCGAAUCGGCAGCUCAAACGCCGUUAAGGACGAACUUACAGAAGCAAUGAAGAAUGGACAAAGCGUCACUGCACGGAUCAAAUGGGUAACACGAUUCAGCGCCGAGGGUCGAAACCGCUGGGUCCACUGUACGCCUCUCUACGCCAGCAAUGGACAAGUCGGUGUCUGGAUGGUGGUCAUUGUGGACGACGACGAAGAACAGAUUAUCAAUAGGCGGAACUAG